ACGAUCGCUGCGUAGUUAUAGUUCAGCUGAAGACAGAAGAACCCUAGUUGUGACAAUACAUUAGCUCAAAAGCGAGUAAAAAAAAUGCAGAUCUUUGUGAAAACUCUGACCGGCAAGACCAUCACCCUCGAGGUGGAGCCAAGUGACACCAUUGAGAAUGUCAAGGCUAAGAUCCAGGACAAAGAAGGCAUUCCCCCAGACCAGCAGAGGCUGAUCUUUGCUGGCAAGCAGCUGGAAGAUGGCCGCACCCUCUCUGACUACAACAUCCAGAAAGAGUCUACUCUCCACCUUGUGCUGCGUCUGAGGGGUGGUAUGCAGAUCUUCGUGAAGACCCUGACCGGCAAGACCAUCACCCUGGAGGUGGAGCCAAGCGACACCAUUGAGAACGUCAAGGCCAAGAUCCAGGACAAAGAAGGCAUUCCCCCAGACCAGCAGAGGCUGAUCUUUGCUGGCAAGCAGCUGGAAGACGGCCGCACCCUCUCUGACUACAACAUCCAGAAAGAGUCCACCCUCCACCUUGUGCUGCGUCUGAGGGGUGGUAUGCAGAUCUUCGUGAAGACCCUGACCGGUAAGACCAUCACCCUGGAGGUGGAGCCAAGCGACACCAUUGAGAACGUCAAGGCCAAGAUCCAGGACAAAGAAGGCAUUCCCCCAGACCAGCAGAGGCUGAUCUUUGCUGGCAAGCAGCUGGAAGACGGCCGCACCCUCUCUGACUACAACAUCCAGAAAGAGUCCACCCUCCACCUUGUGCUGCGUCUGAGGGGUGGUAUGCAGAUCUUUGUGAAGACCCUGACCGGCAAGACCAUCACCCUGGAGGUGGAGCCAAGCGACACCAUUGAGAACGUCAAGGCCAAGAUCCAGGACAAAGAGGGCAUUCCCCCAGACCAGCAGAGGCUGAUCUUUGCUGGCAAGCAGCUGGAAGACGGCCGCACCCUCUCUGACUACAACAUCCAGAAAGAGUCCACCCUCCACCUUGUGCUGCGUCUGAGGGGUGGUAUGCAGAUCUUCGUGAAGACCCUGACCGGCAAGACAAUCACCCUGGAGGUGGAGCCAAGCGACACCAUUGAGAACGUCAAGGCCAAGAUCCAGGACAAAGAAGGCAUUCCCCCAGACCAGCAGAGGCUGAUCUUUGCUGGCAAGCAGCUGGAAGAUGGCCGCACCCUCUCUGACUACAACAUCCAGAAAGAGUCCACCCUCCACCUUGUGCUGCGUCUGAGGGGUGGUAUGCAGAUCUUCGUGAAGACCCUGACCGGCAAGACCAUCACCCUGGAGGUGGAGCCAAGCGACACCAUUGAGAACGUCAAGGCCAAGAUCCAGGACAAAGAAGGCAUUCCCCCAGACCAGCAGAGGCUGAUCUUUGCUGGCAAGCAGCUGGAAGAUGGCCGCACCCUCUCUGACUACAACAUCCAGAAAGAGUCCACCCUCCACCUUGUGCUGCGUCUGAGGGGUGGUAUGCAGAUCUUCGUGAAGACCCUGACCGGCAAGACAAUCACCCUGGAGGUGGAGCCAAGCGACACCAUUGAGAACGUCAAGGCCAAGAUCCAGGACAAAGAAGGCAUUCCCCCAGACCAGCAGAGGCUGAUCUUUGCUGGCAAGCAGCUGGAAGAUGGCCGCACCCUCUCUGACUACAACAUCCAGAAAGAGUCCACCCUCCACCUUGUGCUGCGUCUGAGGGGUGGUAUGCAGAUCUUCGUGAAGACCCUGACCGGCAAGACCAUCACCCUGGAGGUGGAGCCAAGCGACACCAUUGAGAACGUCAAGGCCAAGAUCCAGGACAAAGAAGGCAUUCCCCCAGACCAGCAGAGGCUGAUCUUUGCUGGCAAGCAGCUGGAAGAUGGCCGCACCCUCUCUGACUACAACAUCCAGAAAGAGUCCACCCUCCACCUUGUGCUGCGUCUGAGGGGUGGGCAGUAAGCAUCUUCUAACCACCUUGCCACCACCUCCUAUUUCACGCACUUUCCCCUUUCAGUUACUGAUCCUCAUUCCCAAACUGUUUUUAUAUUGUGUGGCAAAAUAAAAGCAUUGAACUGAA